ACAAACGCACACCUGUGAGAGGCUGCUCUUGAGUUUAUAGCUCCCUCUCACGUCCUGAGUGUGAGAAACAGCGGGAGGCAAGCGGAGGGUGUUGCUCGACUGCAUCACAGCCACGGACAGCUGACUGGUUGGGAUCUAAUUGCUCUCAAGUGAGGUCAGUGGGAGGCAUUUAUCUCAGAGACAGUGGAGGUUCCACACCACACGUACAGUCUCUCUGCCAGUAGCGGGCAGGCGUCCAUUGGAAUAGACACGAGCUCUUAACUCACUGCACUGCCAGACUUAUUUUAGGUGUUCCCAUCCCAAAUCGUGCUGAGAGGGAAUUCGGCAAGUCCUUGCAUCACAUAUUUAUGGUCUCGGGGGAUGGAGAAGACAAAGUGUCGCGUCACUGAAGACGACAAAUUGCGAUAAGACAUCACAUCCCAUUUCCUUCAGAGUAUUCUCCGACUUCUUUCAAUUCCAACAAACUUUGAGAACUCUUUCCUCCACAACGAGCCUGACUCGGCGUCCCGCAGGGACUCCCUCUUGCAAGAACACGGACCCUGAGUUCGCAGCUGGUGUGACAAGAGUUCAAGUGCUUGGGGUGAGGGAUAGCACCCAGAUCUCUUCUCCUGUUUCACUAUGUUGUUCAUCGAUCCUCAUUGCAUUGUAUUAUAAUGCGCAAAUGGAUGUUGCCAUGGAACCUUCCAAAUCUUAUCUCGGGACUGCAUGCCAUCUUCCUAUUGGGCAGUGUGCGUGUGGUCUACGGUGACUGCACUCCGGCGCAACUCACUGCCAUCAUGAACUGCUCGAGACACGAGCGUCACAGCAGGAAUUAUGACUACAUGGAGGGAGGAGAUGUGCGGAUCCGACAGUUGUUCAGUCGCACCCAGUGGUUCCUGACAAUUGAUGAUGAAGGCAACAUCAAUGGGACUCAGGACCUAACCAACUGUUACAGCAUUCUUGAGAUCAGGACAGUGUCUGAGGGGGGCAUACUGGCUAUCAAAGGCAUAAAGAGUCAGCAUUACAUCUCCAUGAACAAAGCCGGACAGCUGCGGGGAAAGAGGACCUACACUGAAAACUGCAACUUCAAGGAGGUUUUCCUAGAAAACUACUUCAAUGCAUACUCCUCGGCCAAGUGGACUAAAAAUGGCAAAGAAAUGUUCAUCGCGCUGUCUCAGAAGGGGCGGCCCAUGCGAGGGAAGAAGACGAGGAGGGAGCACGUUGCGUCUCACUUCAUCCCCAUGAAAUGCAGGGAGGAGGAGAGGAGGGCGGACUGAGACAGACCACUAUGUGUAUGAAUUCACUUAGCAAAUAUGUUAACGGACAUAUAAGCUCAUCACCAGCUACACACCGCUUUCUCCAAGACUGUAAUCAGCAUUUGACAAUUUAUAAUUUGCAGUUUCAGCAUUCCGUUGGCCGGGGCAAACGUUUUUCUCUCCCCAACAACAGUUUGGCACCAAUUUGAGAAGCUUUAAGGCCAUCGCCUUGCUCCGACAUUUACAAUUUACAAUACACCAAAAGAUCCGGUUUCAAGAAACCCGACAUGAAUUAUGGAAAUUAAUGCAUGUCAGUUGAGCAGGUGAACGAUAAGCUUUGAAAAACUGCGCAACCUAAACUGUCAAAUGCUGAUGGCCUCAUGUCUGGCUGAACGAUACCUGAAACAAAAUGGGAAAAAGGAAGGAAGUAUAGAGUGACUUUUGGGUUUGGGUCAUCCUGUAUACGCCACUGUAAUACACAGCAAGGACAAGGGUCUUAAGAAACACCUCCUAAUUAAAUAAUCAGCGGUUGGACUACACCCCGAGUUCCCCUGAAUUUCCAUUAUUUCAGUUUACCAAUACAGUAUAAACAAUUCUGUGUGUAACUGCUUGCAGAAAGCACUUUCUGGUCCACUAAGGCAUGGUUGGAUAAGUUUUGUGUCGGAGAACAUUUCUUCAAAGCCACCAAACCCCUUUGGAAUGACCCAACACGAUGUGCACAGCCUUCUCAGACUGGGGAUCAAAUCUAUAUUUGCUCCUUUUUUCACUUCCUGUUAAUUUAUCCGUCCCUCCACGUUCUAAUCCGCUUAUCUUCACAAGAACCUAUUCCAAGCUGUCUUUAGGUGCUAGGCGGGGUACACCCUGAACCAGCUGCCAGCCAAUCGCAAGGCACACAGAGACGAACAACUAUUCCACUAUUUGGCCAUGUGAUGGCCAAAUAGUGAAAACAACAAACCAAUACAUUACUGUACAACAUUUUGUCUACAGAUGACGCUACUUGAAGACAAGCAAGUAGUUUGACUUGCGACACCAGCUUUUAAACCACUCUUCAAUUUUAUUGUUUUAUUAUUAAAUGUUAUAUUUCUUAAUAAGAGUUUCC